AUGUCUGCUCCACAACCUGUAACAGAGACCCUCAAAGAGGACAAGCUUGUUGGCGAAGAAGUCCAUGUCUACAGCGUUUCGGAAGACAAGAAGCCCGCCGAGGAUGAGCCGGUGGACACUGCCUUCGCUGGCCUGAACAAGAUGCAGGCUAUGCGCAAGUUCUGGAGAGCCUGUCUGUUCUGUGGUAUCACGACCUUUGGGGUCAUGAUGGAUGGUUAUCAGACUUCCAUGCCUGGCUCCAUCUUGGCGAAUGCAGGUUUCAUUGAGCAGUUCGGCACCAUUAUAUCUUCAGCAGGAGUGAAGAGUCUCGAUGCCAAAUAUGUGUCGAUGUGGUCUGGUCUGGGCUACCUGAUGCAGUUCAUCGGCAAUUGGGCAGCCGGAUUCAUCUCUGACAGAUUCGGUCGACGGGCGGUACUCUGGGCUCUCUCUCUUGUGUUCGCCCUAGGUAUUGUCGUUGAGAUGGUCGCUAAGAACUAUAAAGACUGGCUAGGAGCAAAGAUGCUUAUGGGUCUUGGCCAAGGCCUUGUUCAACAGGGUGUCCUCACGUACAUCUCUGAAAUUGCGCCCACUCAAGUCCGAGGUACUCUUAUGAGCAGCUACGGCUGGUCAUACUCUAUUGGUCAGCUGUUGGUGGCUAUAGCUCUUCAAAUCAUUGACGUAACCGACUCUUACGCCUGGAAGAAAGCCAUCUACUCCGAGUGGGUCUUCAUGGGUCUCUGGAUCAUUGCCUUGCCUUUCCUGCCCGAAUCCCCUUGGUUCUAUGCUCGAAACGAGAAUGAGAAAUCUGCCAAAGCUGUGAUGGCCAGAAUAUACAAGGGUGUGGAAGACUACGACGUCGACAGGGAGUACACCGCCAUGCAGGUCGAGAUACAACACGAGAAGGAGAAUGCCGAAUCCAGUUCUCAAGUGGCUAUCAAAGAUAUCUUUAGAGGGACAAACUUCUGGCGAACGAUGGCUUCUGUGUUUGGUCUGGUCAUGCAAAAUUGGUCCGGGAGUGCCGUCGUGUUCAAUUAUACCACUUACUUUUUCCAGCAAGCUGGUAUUCCCGAGCCUUUCCAAGCUUCCGUCAUUGUCUACUGUAUCCUCCUGGGUGCCCUCAUGAUCUCCUUCUACACUAUCGAGCGCUUCGGCCGUCGAACCCUCAUCCUCGCUGGCGGCGUUGGCUGUACGAUCUUCAACGUCAUCAUCGGAGCUACCGGCUUCAUGCCCAAAGACUCUACCACUACCGAUAACACCACCCUCGCAUUCAUCUGUCUCUGGGUGUUCACCUAUGCUACCACCUUUGCCGGGACUUGUUGGUCUAUCUCUGCGGAGGUUGCGACGCCGAGGUUGAGGGCCAAGGCAACUGCUUUUGCGAUCUCGACCAACGCCAUUUCUGGGGCGCUGUUCAAUACUACCGUCCCACUCAUGAUCUCCACCACCUCCCGCAAUUGGGGUGUCAAAACCCUCUUCAUGUUUGCCAUACUCUGCGGUUUCGGAACCAUAAUCAACUACUUCCUCUUACCUGAGACAAAGAACCGGACUUUCUCGGAAAUGGAUGAGAUGUACGAGAACAAGAUUCCUCCUAGGAGGAUGGCGAGCUAUGUUAGUGGCAUGGAGCAGAGCGGUUUAAAGUGA